AUGGGUUCAUCAUCCAUGAGAAUUGCAGCAAUUGUUUUUUACCUUUGCUUUCUCACCUUUGCAACAUUUCAUAAUUGCUUUUGCAAUGGAAACUCCAAUACCAUUUGCAACGAAACCGAGAAGCAAGCCCUUCUAAAAUUCAAGCAAGAUCUUAAAGACCCUUCCAACCGGUUGUCCUCUUGGGCUGGUGACAACUGUUGUCAAUGGUCCGGAGUUGUCUGCGACAACUUCACUGGCCAUGUCCAUGAGAUCCACCUUCAUAAUGCUGAUUGUCAUUUUAAUGGAAAUGUAUUUGAAUAUGAAGCUUUUUUUCGUGAUUGGCCAUUUGCAUAUGAAGCUUGCUGGAGUUAUCACCCGUUAGGAGGUAAAAUAAAUCAUUCUUUGCUCGAUUUGAAGCACCUCCGUUAUCUGGACUUGAGCGGGAAUAAUUUUGGAGGGAUUCGCAUUCCUAGCUUCAUUGGCUCUAUUGGAAGUCUGAGGUAUCUCGAUCUGUCAUAUGCGGGAUUUAGCAAAGCCAUUCCUCAUCAACUAGGAAAUCUCACCAUGAUACGUUAUCUGGACUUGAGCUUCAAUUAUCUUUAUCUUCAAGGUACUUUUUCUGGAACUGUACAACAGUUACGUGGUGAUAAUUUACACUGGGUUUCAGGUCUUCUUUCAUUACAACACCUUGAUAUGUCAGGGGUAAACCUUAGCAAAGCAGUGGAUUGGACAGAGGUGAUAAGCACGCUUCCUUCUUUGGUAGAAUUACACUUACGUGGUUGUGAUCUCAAAUAUUCUUCUCCUUCAACUACCAUUAACUUUACAUCACUACAUAUCCUCGACCUUUCUGGUAACAAUUUUGCAUCGUUUAUACCUAAGUGGAUUUUUAGUUUGAAUCAUCUAGUUUCCCUAGAUAUCAGUAGUUGUUAUGGCCCAAUUCCCAAUGGUAUUCAAAACAUGACUUCUCUCAAAAUGUUUUAUGCUGCUGGAAAUAAUCUGAAUUCAUCAUUGCCCAAGGGGUUGUUUAGCCUCAAAGACCUUCUUGUUCUGGACUUAGGUUACAAUAAGUUUCAGGGACCAAUUUCAAUUGGCCUUCUAAACAUGACUAGUCUUAGAGAUCUAGAUUUAUCCUAUAAUUUUUUCACUUCCUUGCCAAAUGGGUUGUUGUCUAGUCUUAGCCGUCUCGAGUUGGUCAUUCUCAAGGGCAAUCUCUUGCAUGGUGUAAACUCAGGAGCCAUAGGAAACGUGACUUCCCUCAUUAGCCUUGACUUGUCUAACAAUUUUUUCACUUCCUUGCCAAAUGGGUUGUUGUCUAGUCUUAGCCGUCUCGAGUUGGUCAUUCUCAAGGGCAAUCUCUUGCAUGGUGUAAACUCAGGAGCCAUAGGAAACGUGACUUCCCUCAUUAGCCUUGACUUGUCUAACAAUUUUUUCACUUCCUUGCCAAAUGGGUUGUUGUCUAGUCUUAGCCGUCUCGAGUUGGUCAUUCUCAAGGGCAAUCUCUUGCAUGGUGUAAACUCAGGAGCCAUAGGAAACGUGACUUCCCUCAUUAGCCUUGACUUGUCUAACAAUUUUUUCACUUCCUUGCCAAAUGGGUUGUUGUCUAGUCUUAGCCGUCUCGAGUUGGUCAUUCUCAAGGGCAAUCUCUUGCAUGGUGUAAACUCAGGAGCCAUAGGAAACGUGACUUCCCUCAUUAGCCUUGACUUGUCUAACAAUUUUUUCACUUCCUUGCCAAAUGGGUUGUUGUCUAGUCUUAGCCGUCUCGAGUUGGUCAUUCUCAAGGGCAAUCUCUUGCAUGGUGUAAACUCAGGAGCCAUAGGAAACGUGACUUCCCUCAUUAGCCUUGACUUGUCUAACAAUUUUUUCACUUCCUUGCCAAAUGGGUUGUUGUCUAGUCUUAGCCGUCUCGAGUUGGUCAUUCUCAAGGGCAAUCUCUUGCAUGGUGUAAACUCAGGAGCCAUAGGAAACGUGACUUCCCUCAUUAGCCUUGACUUGUCUAACAAUUUUUUCACUUCCUUGCCAAAUGGGUUGUUGUCUAGUCUUAGCCGUCUCGAGUUGGUCAUUCUCAAGGGCAAUCUCUUGCAUGGUGUAAACUCAGGAGCCAUAGGAAACGUGACUUCCCUCAUUAGCCUUGACUUGUCUAACAAUUUUUUCACUUCCUUGCCAAAUGGGUUGUUGUCUAGUCUUAGCCGUCUCGAGUUGGUCAUUCUCAAGGGCAAUCUCUUGCAUGGUGUAAACUCAGGAGCCAUAGGAAACGUGACUUCCCUCAUUAGCCUUGACUUGUCUAACAAUUUUUUCACUUCCUUGCCAAAUGGGUUGUUGUCUAGUCUUAGCCGUCUCGAGUUGGUCAUUCUCAAGGGCAAUCUCUUGCAUGGUGUAAACUCAGGAGCCAUAGCUUCUGCAUGA